CUGGCAACCCUCAGAUUGAGAAAAUAAACAUUCGUUUUUGAUUCACCAAAACUUAAGAAAUGCUGCCGGGAGUUGGUGUAUUCGGAACUGGAGAGAUAGCCAAUGUGCUGGUGCCUCUGCUGCGGGAAAAAGGAUUCGAGGUGCGGGCCAUUUGGGGCAGGACCCUGAAAGAGGCCAAGGAGACGGCGUCCACGCAGAACGUGCAGUUCCACACGAACGUGAUCGACGAUGUCCUGCUCCGGAAGGACGUGGACCUGGUGUUCAUCGUUUGCCAGCCCUUUUUGCACGCGGAGAUCUCGGUGAAGGCUCUGGGAAUCGGAAAGCAUGUGGUGUGCGACAAGCCAGCUGGACUACACCAGCAGGAUGCGCUGAAAAUGGUGCGGGCCUCUCAGUAUUAUCCCACUCUGAUUUCGCUGGUCAAUCAUCCGCUGCGGUUCCUGCCCGCCUUCACCCACAUGCGUCGCUGCCUGCAGGAGGAGCUUAUCGGCUCCAUUGGCGACGUGGUGCUCAUGGAUGUGCGCGUCCAGAUGGGCACUCUGUUCCCCGAGAAAUACAACUGGAUGUGCGACGCCCAAAUGGGCGGUGGUGCCCUGAAUCUGGUGGGAUCCGUGGUGGAUCUGGUCACUUUCCUGCUGCAACAGCAGGCCAUUCGGGUCCAUGGAGUUCUUCGUUCCUACACCAAAACCACUGCGGCCAUAAAUGGCAUCAGGCAGAUCACUGCGCCGGACUUCUGCAACUUCCAAAUGGAGUUGGCCACUGGAACGCUGGUCACAGUGGCUCUGCACAGUCACACAGUGCCUGCGAAAGCCUUCUCCCAGGAGGUUCUCAUCUACGGCAGCAAGGGACACCUGGUGGUUCGUGGCGGAGAUCUAUUCGUUCUGAAGGAGGGACAACCCAAGGAGGAAGCUGUCUACGUGGACGUUCAGGAUCUGCACUUCGCCACCAACAACUCUUUGUUGCCGCGACCCUAUAUCAAGGGACUCUGCAAGAUGGUGGGUGCUCUGAAGGAAGCCUUCGGCAGCAAGGAGUCCUCCUGGGUGAAGGCGCCCGUUUCAACAGCGGCCACCUUUGAAGACGGCCUGUAUGUGCAGGCCGUGGUCGAGGCAAUCCGGAAAUCCAACGAAACCCGGCAGUGGCAACGGGUUCAGUUGUCCACCGACAGUCCCCUGAAUCAUGAUCAAAUCAUUCGAUAUGCGCGCAUGUCCACAAUGUAAGGGAAUCGGAGUUAAGUGCAAUAUCUAAAGGAUUCCAAUAUAUAUUUUUUUAUAUAAUGUACGUGUUUAGUCUGUAAGCAUUUAACUGAUUGGGGCUUUCAAGCCUGAAUCACCACCAUCAAGGUAUUUAACUUAUUUGUACGGCAUUUUCAUUCUGAAACUAAUAAAAUUGAUUUAUUUGUUAGGCUCGAAA